AUGUCAUCAGAGCGACCAGCAAAACGCAUCCGGCAAGCCUGUGAACCGUGCCGGCGCAAGAAGUCACGGUGCCCAGGCGAGAAACCCAUCUGCUCGCACUGCGCCCGCUUGCAGCAGAAUUGCUACUACGCAGAUGAGCGUGCGGAGCAUGAGCGGGCGAGCGUCACGCCUUCUCCUCAGGUUGGACGAGUUCGACCUACGAGCUCGUCGGCCGGAGAUGGGAGAGUGGAAGACCGACUGAGAUAUUUGGAGAAUCAACUCUCUGAAGUUCUUGCGAACCAGGCGUCCAUGAGUAGGAGUGCAUCGGUUCAAGUGUCGGAUACCCCACGGACAGCCAUUCAACAUCCUUUGGCAAGCUCAAGAUCAUCCGAGAUAUAUCUUCCCUCUUGGGAUGUCAUUAUCAAUGCUGCGGAGAGCUAUCUUCAAUAUUGCGACUGCCAGCCGCUGCCCCUGUUCCAGCGCUCAAGCUUCAUUCAAACACUGAAAAACAGGAAGCCGGAGGUGUUGUUCUCAAUGCUUGCUAUAGCUUUGAGGUUUGCAGACAAUCCCUUGUCUCGAAAUGUUGCAAAGCUCAUCACGGGAUAUGCUGAAGCUGCAAGGACAAUGGUUUCAAAGCAAGUUUUCGAGGGGGCCGUCGAACUUUCCACUAUCCAAGCCUUGUGUCUAUUGACCAUCGUUGACUUUACAGAUGGACACACAAGACGAGCUAGCAUCAACUGCAGCCUUGCGAUGAGUCUAGCCCACAACGCCGGCUUGACAUCAGAAUCGAAUCUGAAACUGCCAGACCAAGAAAAAGAAGAACGACGGAGGUGUUUCUGGAGUCUGUUUCUCCUGAAGAGACUGCACGGCGCCGAUUUCAUGAUCCUCGAUUUCUCUGCCGAGGACAACUUUCCAUGGUAUCCCGAGACGACAGGCGAGCCGCUCUCUCCAGGCCAGGAAUCUAGUUCUGCCCGAACGGAUGAGCAAGGUCCGGAUAAAGGCAUUGUAGCUUAUGCGAUUCAACUGAGCGAAGUCUGGUUCAAAAUCACUCGAUAUGCUCGUCGACGAGGCAAGCCGAACAGUUUGCCACCUUGGUCAUCGCAGUCUGAGUAUGCUUUGAUAUUAGCCCAUCAGAUGGAUUUCGAGACUCGGAUGCCUUUCAUGCAUCGAUUUGAGCCUGCGAAAUUUUCACAAAGAUCAGUGGAGCAUCUGGACUCGAAUAGGGAUUACUGGGGGCCUUGGCUGUUCAUCCAGUUUCUCUAUCACACCAAUCUAUGUCUGCUCAAUCACCCUUUACUAUUGUCGCUGCGUCUACGGAACUUCAAAUGUGUCAUUCCGGAGAUCUUCCUACAACAUACGUCAGAUCUUAUAUCGUCACAUGCAACUUGGAUUAUCAACUUCAUCGAUAUGCUGGAAGGCAAACCGUUCAAAGUCACAGAUCCGUUUCUUGGUCACUGUGUAGCUAUUAUCGCCACCAUCUAUUUACAGGAGAGCUUUGUCGACGAUCCAGGAACCAGAAGAGAUAAACAAGACAAUUUCGACAAAUGCCUGAAAUUCAUCCGAGGAUUUGGCGAACAGUGGCCUCAUCUAGGCCGAAUCGCAAACAAGCUUCAACGACUAGCCGAAACAGUCUCAUCGACCUACGUCGCCAGCGAAGAACCCACUCGUCAGAACCGGAAGUUGUUAAUCGACCUCGGCCAGUUCUUCGAGGUACUCGAAUACUCCUCAUCGUCCGAAAUCCACGGCUCAGCGCGUCAACUCUUCGGUCCCUCCUUGCACACCGGCUCUGGAACCUCCAGAACAGAAAUGGCUCAGACUUCCGUUCUACCUCAGCCAACUCGUGUUGAGAGGCAAGAAUUCGGGAACUUGACACCGAAUAUGACGCAUGUGAUUGACCCGUUGGAUAGUUCGAUUACUGGUACUGGUACAGAGAGUGGGACAAUACCGAUGACUGCUGCUGCGGUGCCGUUGACGUACUCAGAUGAUGAGCUGGCCGUGUUGGCGGAGAGUUUCUUUCAUCAGAGAAAUGACUUUGAUGGGAAUGGAAACGGAAACGCGAAUUGGUGGAAUACAAUGAACAUGCAUGCGACUUGA